CAGCCUCUGCUGUCCAAAGGCUGCAUCGAUGCUGCCAGGGUGGUCUGGAGAUGCACGCAACAUACGCUGCAGCAUGUAUGGCGCCUAACUUCCCGUGUGUAUGUUGCGCAACUCGCCUGCAGUGCACGCUUUUGGUGCUCUCUUGGCCUGAAAAUGGACUCCCGAGUCCCCAAGGAGAAACCCCAGGAAUUUCAGCCCCAGAGCAUGGGCGCGACCCGCCCGAUUCUUCUUGGUUCAUCCGGGUUCGCGUUCCCAGAUGAACCAAGAGUCGGGCGUGUCGCGCGUUUUUUCUUCAAUCCUCGAUUCUUGGCUUCUCGGAGAAUUCGUCUCGAGACACUCCACGCGCACGGGGGUUGGGGCAGUUCGCGAUGUCUGGAACGAUUCAAGCAAUGCCGGCGAGCACCCGAGCCAACGACUGGCUUACUUCUUGGCUGGCACUUCACGGUAUUCUCGAGAUACUCGACGCGUAGGGGUUGGGGGAGUUCGCGAUUUCUGGGACGACUCGAGCCAUGGCGGCGAGCACGCGAGCAGACGACUGCCUCUCAUCCAGGCUGGUACUUCACGGUAUUCACGCGACACUCGACGCGUAGUAGUGGCGGUUGAGACGAGUAGAGCAUUCCGCGAUUCUUGGGACGAGUCGAGCCAUCAUGGCGGUGAGCACGCGAGCCGACGACUGGCUCUCAUCCCAGCUGGCCAGCGACGGUCGCCGGGAGGCGGAGUUCCUGGCCGGAGGAUUGAGAGCAGUAACCACAGCCCCCAACAGCGACGUUUGCACGGAGGCGGAGAUCCUGGCCGGCAGGCUGAGAGCAGUAAUCGCCAACCCCAACAGCGACGGCCGCCGGGAGGCGGAGACACUCUUGCACGCGGUUCCAGCCCCGGCUGUUCUCGAGAAAUCGGCAGGGGUUCCCGGGCAGCGGGCGCGGCAGGGGGUCCCACACGCCCCGUUGGUCAGCGACGGCCACAGGGAGGCGGAUAUCCUCGCCCGGGGCAGGGGCGGCUCUACGGCAGUGCGCGUGGCUGAAGCUCCAGGGCAGCGGGCGCGGCAAGGGAUAUUUGAGGCACCUCAGAAAUCGGCAGGGGUUCCCGGGCAGCGGCCGCGGCACGGGGUCCCACACGCCCUGCUGGCCAGCGACGGCCGCCGGGAGGCGGAGGUCCUGGCCCCCGCGGUUCCACUCCCGGCUGUUUUAGACAACUCUCAAAAGCACCCUGCAAAUUCCACCCAGCUGGCCAGCGACGGUCGGCGGGAGGCGGAGGUCCUGGCCCGCGCGUGGUUCCAGCUCCGCCUGUCCAUUCGCGCCCCCAAUCGCUUUCCCCCGUGGGACGCGCUGCUGAUCACCGCUGCGAGCGACGCGCAGGCUGACCUGUACUCCAGGCAGCUGGCAGCAGCGCGGCACAAUGGGCACAUUGCAGAGAAGACCAUCGUGCUGGCAGGCAGUGCCAACCCCCACACCGCCUUGGCCUCAUCCACACCCUCCUGCCCUGCCCCUGUCGCCAAUCCGCCUCUCUCCAGGCAGCUGGCAGCAGCGCGCCACAAUGGGCACAUUGCGCAGGAGACCAUCGUGCUGGGGGAGUCAUCUGCAGCCCGUCUAUCAUCCAUGCGAGUGCUGCUGGUGACUGCAGCGGGCGACAGCAAGCGGCUGCCGUGGGCCAACCCGUGUGGCAAGCCCUUUGUGUCCUUCCCCCUGCUGGCUGGAGACGACCCUGACGGACCCCCGUUGACCCUCUUUGACCACAUCCUGGCCGUCUCUUCACGCGCCCUGCUGGCUCUCCCACCCAAUAAGGGCGCUCUCUUCUGCAUGACGGGGGACGUACUCCCGUGCUUCGACGCAUCUCGCAUCUGCCUGCCGACCCACGGUGCUCUCGUUGUCACCGCUGCUGCGCCGCUAGAGGUAGCUUCCAGGCACGGAGUCAUUCUUGCCUCGGACCGAAGCAGGCACGUUGCCUCGGGCCAAACCUCCUCGCAGUCUCACUCGAACCAGCGAUAUUCACACCUGCAGAAGCAGAAGCAGCAGCAGCAGCAGAAGAAGCAGCAGCAUGGAAAGCAUUGUGACACGGAACCGCCCCAGCUAGUAGCAGACCUGCUGCAGAAGCCGAGUGUGGUGGAGAUGGUGGAGCGGGGGGCAUUGUGCGGCACGGGAGGGGCGCUGCUGGACACAGGCAUCUACGUUGUCUGCGGCGACACGUGGCGCGACCUCAUUGGCCUUGCGACCAGCGAGCAUGAUUUGCUGGCAGAGGUGCUGGCCUUUGGUGAGGAGUUGAGUCUAUACGAGGAGCUCGCAUCGGCAUGGGUGCCAGCGCGCCACAAGUGGCUCUCAACUCGACCCAUCGGGUCACACCUGCUGGCCCAUCUCAGCUCCCACUCGCUCUUCCACCACUGUGCAGACGAUCUCUCCUUCCUUCACUUUGGCACAUCAUCCGAGUAUCUGCGCCACAUGCGCCUUGCCUACUUGGGGCAAAUGCCGCGCCGCCACCUCAGCGUGGCCCCUGCACCAACAGAGUGCCACGUGACGCAAUCCGCAACGCUUAUUUCGUCGCUUGUGCGCCCCGGCGCAUGCGUCGGGGAGGGCUCUGUUGUGUCUGACAGCACGCUGGUUGGGGGGACGCGGAUUGGAGAUGGAUGCAUCGUGAUUGGCGUAGACACUGCUGCUGCUGAGUCAGCACAUGCUGAGACAGCGCAUGCUGAGUCAGCAUCUGCCAAGUCAGCAGCUUUUUCCGAAUCAGCAUCUGCUGAGUCAGCACUCGGUGAAGCUUCCAAUCAUGCAGCCACCAUGCCGCCACCCCACGGACGUACCCCCAUCCCAUCUACCACUUCAAGCUAUCCCGCUCCUCCUCCUCCUCCUCCUCUGGUGCUCCCUAGUCACAUGUGUCUAUGGCAGGUGCCCCUAAAAGGGGGGCGGGAGGUGACCCUGUGCUGUGGCGUGGACGACAACCCUAAGUUGUCCGUUUCUGGGGGAGGCUCCUUCUGUGGCCGCCCCUGGGGGCUGUGGCUAAAGGAGAGAGGGCUCAAAGCGGCGGAUCUAUGGCCGGAAACAGACAACCAAGGCCGCCCAAUUCACCCGAAGCAGGACCUCUGGAGUGCCCUCCUCUUCCCCAUCCUCCCCCGGGGCUCCGGCCUUCCCCUCGCCAUGUGGCUUCUCGGAACCUUCCCUCCCGCUUUUGAUCAAGCUUCCUCUUGCCAUGUGGCUCUCAGCCAACAGCAGGCUGACACGUGGCGCAGAUCUGACCGCACGUCGCUCGCUCUCCUGCACUCCGAGAUCGACUUCCCCGCUCUGCUCGCCUCGGCGUUACACCGCCGGUCCCUGCUGCUCUCUGGUUUCGCGCCUGCUGCUAUAGACGGCAGCUGUUCACCUGCUGACAGUGGCAGUGCUGGUGAUGCGUCCAGAGGGUGUCUCUUAGGAGCAACACGCACAGCAUCAGCUAGUGAGGGUGAUGGUGGUUCUAGUGCUGCUAUAGAUGGCAGCUGUUCACCUGCUGCUGCUGUUGCUGCUGGUAGCAGCAGUGCUGGUACUGGUGAUGCUUCUAAAGGGUGUUGUAUGGGCGCAACACGCACAGCAUCAGCUAGUCGUGAGGGUGAUGCUACUAUAGGUACCAGUAAGGGUGACAUUACUAGACGACCCCCUGCUUCUGCCACAGACGGAGGGUCCCUGGGGCGCAACUUUGCGUCUCGCGCGUCAGCUGCUGCUUGCUGACCUGGUGGACUCACAUGCAUGGUCGAGCCGUUUAGGGUGUAUGGCUGGGCUGUUGCUGAGUGAAGGGGUAUGUAUGAAGGCACUCCACCUCACACUCACAGGGGGGGGAGGAGGGGGGAGGAGGGGGGAGGAGUGAGGAGGAGUGGGGAGGAGUGGGGAGGAGUGGGGAGGAGCGGGGAGGCUGCAGAUGAGAUCAAGCAGAUUUUGAGAGGUAUGGGCGAGCCGAUCUCGACCUCCUAGGGCGCAUUCUCACUGACACCUGGGAUCGGCACCAGGAGUUCGACCCGCACUGUAGCAAUCCACGUGUCGACGCGCUAUUUGCCGCCGUGGGGCAUCUUAGUUGCGGUGCGAAGCUGGCAGGGGUGGGAGAGGGGGGCUUUGCAAUGAUCAUGGGGAGAAGCGGGGAGGCGGCAGAUGAGAUCAAGGGGGUCUUGAGAGGGAUGGGUGAGCCGGUUAGGGUGUACGACUGGGGUGUUGCUGUGUGAGGGUGUGUUAAGGCACACCACCUCACACUCACAGGGAGGGGGGAUGCUGUGAUAAUCAAGAAGAGUGGGGAGGCUGCUGUCUAAAGGCAUGGACGGGUGAGGCGGUCAGGGUCGAUGACUGGCUGUUGCUGUGUGAGGAGGGUUCACCUGUGCGAGUUCACGUGGGGGGGGGAGUUGGCUGGGGCAGGAGAGGGGGGAAUCUGCAAUGGUCAUGGGGAGGAGUGUGGGGAGGGGAGCAAAGCCCCCGCUCAGGCGGCAGAUGAAAUCAGAGCUGAAAGGCCCUGGCCCUUGCUUUCUAGACGUGUAUUCUUUCGCAGCAGCCUGCUGCGCGUUAGUUCAUGAUCAACCUGCAAGAAUCGGCCCAAGGAGCUCACACCCGGCUUCAGACACCACUACAGAGAAUUACCGUA